AUGCUGAAAGAGAAAGAUAUUGAAGGUGUAUUUAAGAAAAAAAGUAAUCUUGUGAAGGCCACGCUCAAUCCAAGACCCGAAGAGAAAGAAUUUCAUGACUCUAUUAUUCAAGGACCAGAUGAACUACUCAUGGGACGUGUUAUUAGCUUUGUAGACGAUGAUGUGGAAUUGGAGUUUGAAAGGGAAGAAUGUGAGGAAUCUCCCACAAAGCCCGAUGUAGUAGAUGGGCAUCGUCACGAGCAAGACAAGAAAGAGAUACCAACUCCAAUUAACACCCACCAUGAAAAGUUGUUAGCUGAUAUUGACACUUUGAAAAGUAACCAACAAAGAAUGGAGGAUAAGUUGGAUUAUCUAAUUGAAUUAGUGCUCUCGCAACGUAAAGGUAGUGAUUCUGAGGAUUCAUUAUCAGAUGAGCAUCUUGCUUCACCACACCGUACAUUUAUUAUGGAGCACGUUGUUGGAUAA